AUGCCUCGUGAACAUCGCAAACGCGGCAAGAAACAAAAGAAGAAACCCGAGGAGGAACAUGACGUGCUCUUGACUGACGCUGCACCUGAGUAUGCUCUCGAAACUGUCGAAGAGCCCCAACCAGGUCCAUCCUGGAUCAAGUCAAAGCCCCAUCCAGAUGUGGAUAGGGAAGCACCAUUCGGUUACGUUGACGCCGACGUGAAGGCAUAUUUCCGCACUGUGGAUAUGCAGAUCCGUGAAUGGCAGGAGACUCGCGGAGACGAUGGGGUCGAGCAUACAGCAAGCUCGGAACUGGAUCCCAACGAAGACAAACGCACCUUCUUCGUUGCUGCUCUACAGGAAAUGACGGGUAAGGAGAAACAGCUGGCUACGGACCCCGAUUGCUCUGCUAUCUUGGAGCGCAUGGUAUACUCUAUGGAUGACUUCGUACGAAGAGUAUUUAUGGAUACUUUGUCUGGCUCAUACGAGCAACUAGCAAAACAUCGCUUUGCAUCACAUGUAUGCCAGACCGUUUUCUCUGUCAUCGGCGACACAGUCUCCCGAGAAAUGAUGAAUAUCUUCCCUCCACUUCCAGAGACUGGCGAGGACUCCGGAGAGCUACGGACAGCAAUCCGCCUCGUUCUGGAUGCCUGCGAGGAACUAUUACCCUGCUUCACGAGCCUCAUCAUGGAUCCUUUCGCCUCCCAUGUACUCAGGGCGUUAUUGCUGCUCCUCGUCCCUGACAUCGCUCCUGCCGACUCCACACUGAAGUCCGCUGGGUUACGUUCAAAGAAAAGCGCGGCAUGGAAAGCUCGCCAGGGACAGUUUUCAUCGGUCUUUGUGGAUGAGACAUCUGCGAACGGAGAGAAGGGCAAAGGAAAGGAGUCGGAGCCCGCAAGUACGCGGGUUCCCCUCGAAUUUUCCCGCCUUGCGAGCGCCUUCGUAGCAAGAAUCAGAGAAGAACUGACUCCCAAUGAGGUCCGCGCUUUGGCCGCGGAUAAGGUCGCUAGCCCGGUCUUGCAGUUGCUAUUGGAACUCGAAGCUCAUCACGGGAUUUCGGAUGAACCCGACUCUCUCAUGGACCGUGUUCUAGUAGGGAUUGUAACGCAAUCUCAUACACAGGAUGUAUCAGGAACGGCGGAGCCUUCAGAUUACCUCAUGACCCUUCUUCGCGACCCAACGUCUUCCCAUCUUCUAGAGACGCUGGUUUCUCGCUCGCCUGAAGCCGUCUUUGAUCUUCUAUGGCAGACCUACUUCCGUGGAAAGCUCGCUGGAGCCAAGGGCCGGAAAGCACUCAGUGUCAAUGGCCUAGCGUUGCAUCCGGUGGCUAAUUUCGUGGUCGCGCGUGCAGUUGAGCGACUCGGCGCGGAAGGGCUACGCGAAGCUUGCGAAGAGCUUGGAGGCGAGGGCGUCCGGAGAGUGCUUCAAGCGAACCGGAUUGGAGUCAUCAAAGCCCUGAUUGAUAGAGCUGGAGCGCUGCACGCGGCUGAAGAUUCCGUUAUGAAGGCAUUGCAGCCAGCGUUCGGCAUUGAGUCAGAGGAAGACAAGAAGCAAUGCGUCCCUUGCGUUCUACGUUUGCUGUCAUUGCAGGAUUAUCGAGGUACUGUCGCAUCCUCAAAUCAUGAAGGCGAUGAUGCUGGUGGGCACGAGCCAAGGGGGAGUCGGCCGCCCCGUACACGAGGCAACAAAUCUUCGCUCGAUCCUCUGGAGCCGAAAGUCCAAGGCGCUCUUCUGCUGCAGUCCUUGUUGCGGCUUUCGAGCACACAUAAUCAGAUCGUCACAGACAGCAUCUUGAACACGACUCAAGAUGAGCUGCUAGCGAUGUCACGACACCCCGUGAGCUCGCGAGUACUCGACGCCGUGAUGGAAUCACCCAGUGUACUCCCAAAAACCAAACGAAGCCUCAUCCUUGCGUUCGCUGCCCGGUUCCACGACCUUGUGGACGACCGUAUCGGAAGUCGUGUUGGAGAUAGGCUUUGGGCUGCAGCUGAUCCUUAUCUGAAGGUGAAGAUCGGCAAUGCGUUGAUCCCUCAUGAACAAUUCCUAGCAUCAUCAUACUACGGCAAAUUCUUUGCCAAGAAUCUGAACCUAUACCUUCUGAAGCGAAAUGCAGAGGAGUGGAAGGAUUGGCAGCUGUGUAAAAUCAAGAUGCGCCAGGGCUCUGGCGUUCCGACGAGUGGGCGCGACUUGGAGUCAAAAGAAGACGGCCGCGCUCAACAAGCAUCGGCUGUCAAGCCCGAAAAGCGGGAACGGAAGAAGCGAAAACGCGAGGCUGAUGUCGGAGACGUCAUUGACGCGGUUUUCGAGAAUGUGUUGGGCGGGAAGAAGUUCAAGAGGGGGCAAUUGGAGGGUCAAUCGCCGACCAGGAUUACCCAAACCGCCCAUCGGGGUACAGAAUCGAAGAACGCGGGCAGCACGGGGAGCGGCGGAAACCCCGGAGAUCGGGAUUUGAGCGCCGUGCUGGGUGCAAUCCGAUCUGCGCCCAAAGAACAGACAAGGGCAAAGCCGAAGCGCGCGAAGGGUUGAGCGUCGAGGUCGUGUAAUCAUGUAUGUAGCAAUCUAUGGACGA